AUGCACAUGGACGUGGACGUGGACGUGGACGUGGACGUGGACGUGGACGUGGACGUGGACAUGGACGUGGACGUGGACGUGGACGUGGACGUGGACAUGGACGUUGACGUGGACGUGGACGUGGACGUGGACAUGGACAUGGACGUGGACGUGGACGUGGACGUGGACGUGGACAUGGUCGUGGACGUGGACGUGGACAUGGACAUGGACGUGGACGUGGACGUGGACGUGGACGUGGACGUGGACGUGGACCUGGACGUGGUCGUGGACGUGGACGUGGACGUGGACGUGGACGUGGACGUGGACGUGGUCGUGGACGUGGACGUGGUCGUGGACGUGGACUUGGACGUGGUCGUGGACGUGGACGUGGACGUGGACGUGGACGUGGACAUGGACGUGGACGUGGACGUGGACGUGGACAUGGACGUGGACGUGGACGUGGACGUGGACGUGGACGUGGACGUGGACGUGGACGUGGACGUGGACGUGGACGUGGACGUGGACGUGGACGUGGACGUGGACGUGGAGGUGGACGUGGACGUGGACGUGGACGUGGACGUGGACGUGGUCGUGGUCGUGGACGUGGACGUGGACGUGGUCGUGGACGUGGUCGUGGACGUGGUCGUGGACGUGGUCGUGGACGUGGACGUGGACAUGGACGUGGACGUGGACGUGGACAUGGACGUGGACGUGGACGUGGACGUGGACGUGGACAUGGACGUGGACGUGGACGUGGACGUGGACAGGGACGUGGACGUGGACGUGGACGUGGACGUGGACAUGGACGUGGACGUGGACGUGGACAGGGACGGACGUGGACGUGGACGUGGACGUGGACGUGGACGUGGACAUGGACGUGGACGUGGACGUGGACAUGGACGUGGACAUGGACGUGGACGUGGACGUGGACAUGGUCGUGGACGUGGACGUGGACGUGGACGUGGACGUGGACGUGGACGUGGACGUGGACGUGGACAUGUACGUGGACAUGGACGUGGACGUGGACGUGGACAUGGACGUGGACGUGGACGUGGACGUGGACGUGGACGUGGACAUGGACAUGGACAUGGACGUGGACGUGGACGUGGACGUAAACAUGGACGUGGACGUGGACAUGGACGUGGACGUGGACGUGACUUGGACGUGGACGUGGACGUGGACAUGGACGUGGACGUGGACGUGGACAUGGACGUGGACGUGGACGUGGACAUGGACGUGGACGUGGACGUGGACGUGGACGUGGUCGUGGACGUGAACGUAGACGUGGUCGUGGACGUGGACGUGGACGUGGUCGUGGACGUGGACGUGGACGUGGUCGUGGACGUGGACGUGGACGUGGACGUGGACGUGGACGUGGACAUGGACGUGGACGUGGACAUGGACGUGGACGUGGACGUGGACGUGGACGCGAACAUGGACGUGGACGUGGACGUGGACGUGGACGUGGUCGUGGACCUGGACGUGGACGUGGUCGUGGACGUGGACGUGGACGUGGUCGUGGACGUGGACGUGGACGUGGACGUGGACAUGGACGUGGACGUGGACGUGGACGUGGACGACGUGGACACGGACGUGGACGUGGACGUUGACGUGGUGGACGUGGACGUGGACGUGGACGUGGACAUGGACGUGGACGUGGACGAGGACGUGGACGUGGACAUGGAUGUAGACGUGGACGUGGACGUUGACGUGGACGUGGACAUGGUCGUGGACGUGGUCGUGGACGUGGACGUGGACAUGGACGUGGACGUGGACGUGGACGUGGACGUGGACAUGGUCGUGGACGUGGACGUGGACGUGGACCUGGACGUGGACGUGGUCGUGGACGUGGACGUGGUCGUGGACGUGGUCGUGGACGUGGUCGUGGACAUGGACGUGGACGUGGACGUGGACAUGGACGUGGACGUGGACGUGGACGUGGACGUCGACUUGAACGUGGACGUCGACGUGGACAUGGACGUGGACGUGGACGUGGACGUGGACGAGGACUUGGACGUGGACGUGGACACGGACGACGUGGACACGGACGUAGACGUGGACGUUGACGUGGUGGACGUGGACGUGGACGUGGACGUGGACAUGGACGUGGACGUGGACGAGGACGUGGACGUGGACAUGGAUGUAGACGUGGACGUGGACGUUGACGUGGACGUGGACAUGGUCGUGGACGUGGUCGUGGACGUGGACGUGGACAUGGUCGUGGACGUGGACGUGGACGUGGACGUGGACAUGGUCGUGGACGUGGACGUGGACGUGGACCUGGACGUGGACGUGGUCGUGGACGUGGACGUGGACGUGACGUGGACGUUGACGUGGUGGACGUGGACGUGGACGUGGGACGUGGACAUGGACGUGGACGUGGACGAGGACGUGGACGUGGACAUGGAUGUAGACGUGGACGUGGACGUUGACGUGGACGUGGACAUGGUCGUGGACGUGGUCGUGGACCGUGGACGUGGACAUGGUCUGGACGUGGACGUGGACGUGGACGUGGACAUGGUCGUGGACGUGGACGUGGACGUGGACAUGGUCGUGGACGUGAACGUGGACGUGGUCGUGGACGUGGACGUGGACGUGGACGUGGACAUGCACAUGGACGUGGACGUUGACGUGGACGUGGACGUGGACGUGGACGUGGACGUGGACGUGGACGUUGACGUGGACGUGGACGUGGACGUGGACGUGGACGUGGACGUGGACGUGGACGUGGACGUGGUCGUGGACGUGGACGUGGACGUGGACGUGGACGUGGACGUGGACGUGGACGUGGACGUGGACGUGGACGUGGACGUGGACGUGGACGUGGACGUGGACGUGGACGUGGACAUGGACGUGGACGUGGACGUGGACGUGGACGUGGACGUGGACGUGGACGUGGUCGUGGACGUGGACGUGGACGUGGACGUGGACGAGGUCGUGGACGUGGACGUGGACGUGGUCGUGGACGUGGAACUUGGACGUGGUCGUGGACGUGGCCGUUGGACGUGGGUCGUGGACCUGGACGUGGACGUGGACGUGGACAUGGUCGUGGACGUGGACGUGGACGUGGACGUGGACGUGGACAUGGACGUGGACGUGGACGUGGACGUGGACGUGGACGUGGACGUGGACGUGGACUGGACGUGGACGUGGGACGUGGACGUGGACGUGGACAGGGACGUGGACAGGGACGUGGACGUGGACGUGGACGUGGACGUGGACGUAGACGUAGACGUGGACGUGGACGUGGACGUGGACGUGGACGUGGACGUGGACGUGGACAUGGACGUGGACGUGGACAUGGACGUGGACGUGGACGUGGACGUGGACGUGGACGUGGACGUGGACGUGGACGUGGACGUGGACGUGGACAUGUACGUGGACGUGGACGUGGACGUGGGCGUGGACGUGGACGUGGACGUAGACGUGGACGUGGACGUGGACGUGGACGUGGACGUGGACAUGGACAUGGGCGUGGACGUGGACGUGGACGUGGACAUGGUCGUGGACGUGGACGUCGACGUCGACGUGGACGUGGACGUGGACAUGGACGUGGACAUGGACGUGGACGUGGACGUGGACAUGGACGUGGACAUGGACGUGGACGUGGACGUGGACAUGGACGUGGACAUGGAUGUGGACGUGGACGUGGACAUGGACGUGGACAUGGACGUGAACGUGGACAUGGACGUGGACAUGGACGUGGACGUGGACAUGGACGUGGACAUGGACGUGGACGUGGACAUGGACAUGGACGUGGACAUGGACGUGGACGUGGACAUGGACUUUGACAUGGACGUGGACAUGGACGUGGACAUUGACAUGGACGUGGACAUGGACGUGGACGUGGACAUGGACGUGGACAUGGACGUGGACGUGGACGUAGAUGGACGUGGACAUGGACGUGGACGUGGACGUAGAUGGACGUGGACGUGGACGUGGACAUGGACGUUGGACGUGGACGUGGACGUGGACGUGGACGUGGACGUGGACGUGGACGUGGACGUGGACGUGGACGUGGACGUGGACUUGGACGUGGACGUGGACGUGGACGUGGACUUGGACGUGGACAUGGACGUGGACGUGGACGUGGACGUGGACGUGGACAUGGUCGUGAACACGGUCGUGGACGUGGACAUGGACGUGGACAUGGACGUGGACGUGGACGUGGACAUGGACAUGGACGUGGACGUGGACGUGGACGUGGACAUGGACGUGGACGUGGACAUGGACAUGGACGUGGACGUGGACAUGGACGUGGACAUGGACGUGGACAUGGACAUGGACAUGGACGUGGACAUGGACGUGGACAUGGACGUGGACGUGGACGUGGACGUGGACAUGGACGUGGACAUGGACGUGGACGUGGACAUGGACAUGGACGUGGGCAUGGACAUGGACGUGGACAUCGUGGACAUGGACGUGGACAUGGACGUGGACGUGGACAUGGACAUGGACGUGGACAUGGACGUGGACGUGGACGUGGACGUGGACAUGGACGCGGACGUGGACGUGGACGUGGCCAUGGACGUGGACAUGGACGUGGACAUGGACGUGGACGUGGACAUGGACGUGGACAUGGACGGGGACGUGGACGUAGAUGGACGUGGACAUGGACGUAGACGUGGACGUGGACGUGGACAUGGACGUGGACAUGGAUGUGGAAGUUGA